AUGGGACAAGCGUGCGGACACGCGCUCCUCUGCCGUAGCCAGCCGCCGUCCUCAGAGAUACGCGGUCAGCAAGUGUUUCUGCGUCCAGAGGAGAGUUCAGCUCCAGCCCUGACGACCAGACAGUCCAUCACGUUGUCCGAACAGCUCCAGGAUGCUUUGCUGCGGCUGGCGGCAGUUGUCGACGUGCGCUCACUGCGAGUUGCCCUUCGAGACAGCAUACAGGAGCUGCUACCCAGCACGGAGUGUGUAUGUGUCUACAUGCUGGAGGGAGACUCGAGGCUACUCUCCAACGACCUUCCACAUGAACUACCACAGGAGGGAAAGAUCAGGAAUGUCGUGGACCAGCUGAAGCGAUGUCAGUGUGCCGGCCUUCCUUCAUCCGAACUGCCAGAGAAAUACAGAAUUUGCCUUGCAGCACCGUUACCAGCGCACAAAAGAGCUGUUGUCAUUCCUCUCUUGAACCAGGAGCGGAGCAAGGCCAUCGCUGUUAUACUGGUGGGCUGUAAUCCUCUAUCUGAUCAAGAUGAACUGCAUCUUAAUAUGCUGGAAAAACAUGCCUCAGUGGCAUGUGUGCGCGUUCAGGUUGUUCAGACGUCCUACCAGAGGCCUCCCCUCAGCCCCUCACCCUUACAGACCCACAAUGCACUGCUGCACCUCAACGUUUCAGACCAGGACUACUGCGAGUUGGACCGCAACAUCUUACAACUCUGUGGUGAGCUCUAUGACCUUGAUGCAGCCUCUCUCCAGCUCAAAGUCAUCAAUUAUCUGCAGCAACAGACCCAGUCGCAGUGUUGUUGUCUGCUACUGGUGUCUGAGGACAACCACCAGCUUUUCUGCCAGGUAGUUGGAGACAAAGUCCUAGAGGAGGAGAUCAGCUUCCCGCUGAUGUUUGGACGUUUUGGUCAGGUUGUUGAGAAGAAGAAGUCAAUUACUCUUCAGGACAUCAGUGCGGAGGAGCGCAGACAGCUGUCCAGUAUGUUGGGCUGUGAGAUCUCGUCCAUGCUCUGUGUCCCAGUUGCAAGCAGAGCCACCAGUCAGGUGGUGGCGCUAGCGUGCGCCUUCAACAAGCAGGGUGGGCAGAGACACACAGAGGCAGAUGAGCACGCAAUUCAGCACUGUUUCUGCUACACUUCAACGGUCCUCACUUCAACUUUGGCUUUCCAGAAAGAACAGAAACUCAAAGUGGAGUGCCAGGCACUCUUACAAGUGGCCAAGAAUCUCUUCACACACUUGGAUGAUGUGUCAGUGCUGUUACAGGAAAUUAUAGUGGAGGCCAGGAACCUCAGCGGUGCUGAGAUCUGUUCAGUGUUCCUGCUGGAUCGCCUCAGCCAUGAGUUGGUGGCGAAGGUGUUUGACGGGGGCGUGGUCAGUGAUGAAGAGAACGAGUUCCGCAUCCCAGCAGAUCAGGGUAUUGCAGGUCAUGUGGCGACCACGGGUCAGAUCCUGAACAUUAAAGAUGCCUACUCCCAUCCUCUUUUCUACCGCGGUGUGGAUGACAGCACCGGCUUCAAGACUCGAAACAUCCUCUGCUUCCCAAUCAAAGAUGAGAACAACGAGGUGAUCGGGGUCGCUGAGUUGGUGAAUAAAAUGAAUGGGCCAUGGUUCAACCGCUUCGAUGAGGAUCUGGCCACAGCUUUCUCUAUCUACUGUGGUAUCAGCAUUGCCCAUUCUCUGCUCUACAAGAAAGUCCACGAGGCUCAGUUCAGAUCCCACUUGGCCAAUGAAAUGAUGAAGUACCACAUGAAGGUUUCAGAGGACGAGGUGUCUAAGAUGCUGGUGACAGGCAUCGAACCAGUGAAGGAGAUCCACCCCUGCUUCGCCGAGUUCACGUACACGCCGCGCUCACUGCCUGAUGACACCACGCCCAUGUGUGUCCUCAGCAUGUUUGAAGACAUGGGUUUCAUCAACACAUACAAGAUCGAUCGGCACACUCUCGCCAGAUUCGUCCUGAUGGUGAAGAGAGGCUACAGGGACCCUCCCUACCACAACUGGAUGCAUGCCUUCUCCGUCUCACACUUCUGCUACUUGCUCUACAAAAAUCUAGGGCUGUCCAACUACCUCGAGGACAUAGAGAUUUUAGCUCUCUUUGUCUCCUGUAUGUGCCAUGACCUGGACCACCGUGGCACCAACAACUCUUUCCAAGUGGCCUCGCAAUCUGUGCUGGCUGCUCUCUACAGCUCAGAGGGAUCUGUGAUGGAGAGACAUCACUUUGCCCAGGCCAUCGCCAUUCUGAACACUCAAGGCUGCAACAUAUUUGAGAAGUUCAACAGGAAGGAUUACCAGCGCAUGCUGGAUUUGAUGAGAGACAUCAUUCUGGCUACAGACCUGGCUCACCACCUCCGCAUUUUCAAGGACUUGCAGAAGAUGUCUGAUGAUGGAUACGAUCCAAAAAGCACAACCCACCGCUCCAUGCUGCUGUGCCUGUUGAUGACGUCAUGUGACCUGUCAGACCAAACUAAGGGCUGGAAGACCACACGCAAGAUAGCUGAGCUGAUUUAUAAAGAAUUCUUCUCUCAAGGAGAUCUGGAAAAAGCCAUGGGGAACAGGCCCAGUGAGAUGAUGGACAGAGAGAAAGCGUACAUCCCAGAGCUACAGAUUAGCUUCAUGGAACAUAUUGCCAUGCCCAUCUACAAGCUGCUAUCUGAACUGUUUCCCGAGGCCACUGAGCUGUACGAGAGAGUGGCGGCAAAUCGAGAGCAGUGGACCAAAGUGUCCCACAAGUUCACCAUCCGGGGGUUGCCUAGCAACAACAGCCUCGACUUCCUGGACCAGGAAUAUGAGCUACUGCAGUCCCAAGGCGCUUUCGGGAGUGACGACCACUGCCUCAAUGGUUGCCUCGACGAUGCAGAAGGAGGCAGGGGUCAGUGACAUCGGCAGCCUGACGACGGUUACUGAUGUUUUCUGUGGUCCAAUAAGAGGCUGAGGAUACCUUUUUAGCGACCUAAGAGAGAGGGGUCUCUCUCUGCUGUCAAUCACUUAGAUGCUUAGCAGCCAUGCAGAACGGACAGGACAAAGUUUCAAACUGAUUGAAUCCAACAAGCAAUUUGAAACGAGUGGAUCCAUCUGAGCCGGUUCAGUGAUUAGAUGCUACUUGUUGCUUGUGUCUCCAGUUCAGGAAAGCAGAAGGUGGUGACUUUUAUCUUUUUCAGCAGCUACACUGGAAAAAUAAGUUUUUACCACAAAUCACGAGUUCAUUCAUACAGUACUGAUCCUGAUUAAUGUUGUAAAAACACACACAAACACACACACUGACACACAUUAUGUACAUGCACAUUGUGUUUAGACACACGACAGAAAAAAAACUAUUCGUUCUUAUGGAAAAAGACUUCAACAUGUAACAGUGAGAUAAGUGCUAUACUUUGAGUAAAAUGUUUCAUAAUAGCUUAUAUUGAUUUAAAAUGGCUUAGCUUUGUUCACACACAAGCAGCUGCCAUAGUCCCUCACCUGAUGCUUAUGAAUGCAUGCUAUAUGGACACCUCAUGUAUUAUUCCUUUGAUCUGCGUCAGUGUUGAUUUCUCCACAGCUAACCAAUUCACGCAGUGCAUUUUUAUACCAUUGGAAAAAUACUUUUUUAUUCAGCUUA